AUGGCUUUCGAGAAAGUAGGAGACUCCUACAAGAGCGCUGUUGCUGAGCAGUGUGAUUACAACCAUGCUUUGCUGGUUGGUGAUAAAAUCUGGUUGUUCGGAAAGAAAUUUGUCAGCCAGCCAACAUUCAACUGGGGUCAUCAUGUAGGAUUCGUUGGAUCAUACGCAAUCGCGUUCAACACGGCUGACAACAAAUGGGAAGACUCUCAUACCUACCCUGCUCUUUCUAAUGAGGAAAAUGUGGAAGAGAAAAUGUUUGUUCUUAACGGAGCUGCUCACACGCUCCUUUACACCGCAUUCGGUGAAGUCGCAAUGUCUUCACUUCACAAAUGGACUGGAAACUCAUUUGAGCCCGUUAAUCUUCAAAGCUUUGCUCCCAUCCCCGGUUCGGAGAAGUCGGCUAGGGUUACCAUGGAGGUGGCUGAUAGUGCAGACGAAAGCACAAAGUACAUAAUAACAACUAUGGAGCACCAGAUGAGAGUAGCACGCUUGACUUCCAGUGGUGAUAGCGCCACCAUAGAGCACCUGUUUGAUAUCCCCGCGGAGGGUAUAUUAUCUCUUGCACAGGCCACAUCAGCAGUUGUGAGUGGUGAGCGUUUGCUCGUCUGCUUUGGAGUACACGGUUGUGGAUUUCGAUGGGAGAGCGGGCGUAUCAUUGCUUGCGAUUUGGGAUCAAAAUCUUGCCAGACUUUAGAGAUCAGCUCCGACCCAAAACCACAUUGGGGUUUCAAUGGUGCUAAUGGUUAUGGUCUAUUGCCUUCGGGUGCUUGGGUUCAUGCUGCAGGAUCAGUACCACGCGGUUAGCA